GGUCAGGAUUUAAAAGUGCAUAAAUUACUUGCUACACGAGCGGGUGGUGUUACGUAAGCUCUCCCGUCCGCUAGAGCCCUGGAUAACAGUGGCAACGGUAGAGUUGCGGAACAGCAGAAGGGACGACCACGCACGGUGAAACAGAAGACAGCGAGCCGGAAAAAAAAGCAGCGAAAAUGCAGGAAUUUCACCUCUUGUUUUGGAAGUGAAGUCAAGAGGAGGACCAACUGCGGACGGGAAAUUUUUGAAGAGCAAGCGCACCGAAGCAGUCGUCGUUAUCCCUGGUGUGAUUGGGUCCCCUACUAGUGGCUGUAAGGGGGGUCACAAUAAAAAAAAACAAAAGGAUUUUGGCAUGCAGGCGUGAAGGCAACCUUUUCCCUCUCGAGGACUUCCCCUUUCCCUACGCCCCGCUACAGCUGUGGCCCCCAUGACUCUGGCAGUGGGUGUAAGGAGAAUGACCCCACCGUGGCCCCUCAUUUGGACAUUAUGGGGGCUGAGCGUGAGGGUCAGCGCCGACUCAGGCUCGUCUGUCAGUCCCAUCCUCCUGAACACGACGCCUGUCCCGGCCACAGAAUAUACACCUAAUGUCACGGACGUCGCAACUACACCCAGCAACUACACAGGCCUGAGCUGUGUUUCUCUGCUUCCCCCUCGCCGGGGCUCGUUCUAUGUGGAGAGUGGCACCGGCGUUUCGCUGGGCUCCGUGCUGGUGUUCUGGUGCCGUGAGGGGUACCAGCUGGUGGGCAGCGAGAAAAUCGCCUGCAUCAUUCGAGCCGGCAUCCCGCAGUGGAGCAACUAUCUCCCAGUCUGUGAAGCCAUCCCCAGGCCCGAGGACCGGGGUCUCCGCGUGGCCGUGCUGGUGUCCGUGGUCAGUGGCAUCGUGAUCCUGGCCAUGUCCGUCUCCUUCAUCAUCUGCUGCCUGCAGGAACGCCUGGGCAAGGAGAGGGAGCACCGGCGUGACAGCCGAACCAGGAAGAGAGAGAAGCAGCGCUCCUCGUCCCGGAGGGGUGCCUGCUGGCUGGAGCGGGAGGAUGGGGACUGGGACGCUUUCCCCCCUCCCAAAAUAUUCCAUCUCUCCCACCGCCUCCCCACUGACAGUCCACACUACGUGGGAGGUUACCGAGGCUACGAGAACCGUGGAUAUCAGAGGAGCCAGGAGAGCCUGCUGAAAGGUGCUGUCCCGGGACUGUACUGCACUGAGAACCAGGUGUACCCUCACAUGGUGCUGCAGAGGGUGCCCACCCCCACCGCCCCCGUCUACCUGCACCUCCCCGCCCAGUCCACCGAGGCCCCUCCCCCUCCUCAGGUCAUGUCCGCCUACGCCAACCCCGCCUACCACAGCAGCCCCCACGACACCCCGCACAGACCGUGGCCAUAGCAACCCUCCCCCCCUCCC